AAAUGACUCACUUCGUACGUUGGCUGGGCCAAUGAAGGACGUAGGUUUACGUAGGCGUAAAAACAAAGGGAGGAAAAGGUUAAGAGAAUACAAAGAAUUUGAUUUAUUUUCGAUACGAUUCUUGCCGAACAAUGGAGAAUAGCGAAAGCGGAGACGACGGUGGCCCUUUAGGCACUACGGCAUUUUUGGGAGGAAACAACGUGUCCGCGUCUUACAUCAGUGUUCAGUCGGACGAUAUGGAAGAUGACCCUGAGAACACAGAUGACUCCAACCAUGGUACCGGGGAUCCCUUGCAGGUCGCUGGUGGUACCGGUAGUAGUGUGCCUCUUCGAGAGCAGGAUCGCUUCUUGCCGAUAGCGAACGUCGCAAAAAUUAUGAAACGAGCCAUUCCAGAAUCCGGCAAAAUAGCUAAAGAUGCACGAGAGUGUGUACAGGAGUGUGUGUCUGAAUUUAUUUCGUUCAUCACUUCGGAGGCGAGCGACAGGUGUCACAUGGAGAAGCGUAAGACUAUCAACGGUGAGGACAUUCUGUUCGCCAUGACCACGCUCGGCUUCGACAAUUACGUCGAGCCGCUGAAGAUGUAUCUGCAGAAGUACCGCGAGGCAACAAAAGGCGACAACCCACCCACCACCGGGCCGAUCGCCGGCAAUGGCAAAACGGAGCCGCAGACCACCAUUUACGACGAAUCGAUAUUUGCCAUUGCGACGGCGCCCGGCGCUACCACAGCCGAUGCUACACCGGUCAUUUAUAGUUACUCUUCCAACGAACAAAUGCAGUUUCAGCUUACCUGAUUACUGCGAAUUAAAGUGAUAUCGUUAUAUAUUUGUUCUAAGACACACUGUGUGACGUGUGAGAUCACGGACACGAAGACAACUUCGCAUCGUUGCCGUACAAAACUGACCUUGCGGCAGAGAGACACGAUUUGGGGGUAACGGCGAAGUACUUUAUAUACUUUAAUUUCCGAAUGUGACGACUCGCACGAAAAGAAUCGAAAUGAUACGAGAACGCUUUGCCGCGCUGCGGUGUAGCGCGACAAAGCGUUGUAAGCGAGAGAAAAGAAACCUUUUCGACGAAGCAACUUGUAUCAAGCACGGACGCAAAUAAAUGAAGAGUUUCUGCGAGAGA